AUGGAAUUUGACAAGGAGAUAAUACACUUAAACUUAUUUGAAGCUAUAUUCUACCCAACUGAUGUGCAUUCCGUUUACUCCAUUGAUGUGGUUGAUUCAUUAGGGCAACAACUGGUGGAUUCAGUCAAUAGGAAAAACUUGGUUAAAACUGAUGAGAUCAUCGAUUGUUAUGAUAUUUAUAGACAACCGAGUGUUAAUCAUCCUUUGCUUUGUAAUCACACAAUACUGAUGGCGCAAAGUUCGCAUCCGAAAGGAAUGAAAUCGGAUAAUUCCGGGACAUAUCAACUUACACAAACUUGGCAUAAGUAUGGAAUAUGUCCAGAAGGAACUAUCCCUAUUCGAAGGAAAGGAAAAGACUACGAUCCCACACUUUUGCGUAAACACAUCCCUCUAAAAUUAUCACCUUAUAAGACUAAUGUUACAUCACAAGACGAUGUUGAUAGCGGCCAUGGUCAUGAGUACGCAACCAUUGAGGUGGAGGGAAAUUUUCUAGGAACACAAGCAAAAAUCAAUCUUUGGCAACCAGUUACUGGAAUAUACGAUGAAAUGAGUACAUCCCAAGUUUGGGUUACAGCCGGUCCCUACAACUAUAUCAACGCUAUUGAAGCUGGAUGGCAAGUUUCUCGGAAACUACACGGUGACGACUAUACCAGGUUUUUCAUAUCCUGGACGGUAAGUUAA